UGCGCGACACUGUGCGACAUCCCAAAACAUGAAUUUGCCCCGCGGCCGCGACUGAUAUCCGUCGUCGUCGCUACGCCGUCGUGGUCGUUUCUCUCUCUCUCUCUUCUUUUUUUUAUUCUUGUAUUCUCUCUUCACUCGCUCGCUCACUCGCACGAGGAAGCGCGAAAACAAGCUUGAGAGCGCGUCUCAACGGACCGGGGACGCGGGCCGACGGCUCCGUCGCCGUCGUCGUCGUCGUCGUUGUUGCCCAAUUGAGGGUGCAGGCAAGCCCGCGUGAGCUGAGAACAACAACAAUAACAACAACCUAGGUCAAAGGGAAAGUGCGCGCUGUAUUGCGCAGCGCAGCGUAUCGCCGUGCGUUUCUGCCUCUUUGUACCUGAUUCGGUACGAAACUGCCAUGAUUACUACUGCUGCUGCUGCGCGUCCCCAUCGCGACACAAUAGGCUUGUCGCUAGUGUCCUAGCUUAUAUACGGUCCGGCCGUUCAAGAUGCGAGUGGUUCAUUCUCCGGAGAGUAUUGUGUGAAAGUUAGCGUCGCAGAAUGGUGGUGGAUUGCUAUUCGAUUCAGGCCUCAGCAACUAUAGGAAGAAAGCAGGAGCGAAGGUUAGGUUGCACAGUAGGUGCAAAAAUGCAAACGAAUACCGGUGGUGGAGGAGGUGGAAUGACACCUAAAGAGCUUUGCGACAAUGAUGACCUGGCCACAUCUCUCGUGUUAGAUCCCUACUUAGGAUUUGUCACACAUAAAAUGAAUAUUAGAUACAGACCAUUGAAGGCAAAUAAGGAUGAACUCCGAAAAAUUAUCUGUGAAUUCAUGCAGAGUCAAAAUUAUGAAAAGGCUUACAAAAAACUAAUGGGUGGAGACUGGGGUGCACGACUUCCCCAUACAAAAUCCAAACAGCAACAAAUCAAUCUGGAAAACCAUGUUAAGAGAUACCUGCGAGUUUUUGACAAGGAAUCUGGAUUUGCAAUAGAGCCAUGCUACAGAUACAGUUUAGAGGGACAAAAGGGUGCUAAGAUAUGUGCCACUCGAAAGUGGCUGAAGAACGAGAAGAUUUCCUGUCUCGUCGGUUGCAUAGCAGAGCUUAGUGAAAAGGAGGAAGCUGCGUUGCUGCAUCCUGGGAAGAACGACUUCUCCGUAAUGUUCAGCUGCCGGAAAAAUUGUGCCCAAUUAUGGUUGGGACCUGCCGCCUACAUAAAUCACGACUGCAGAGCGAACUGCAAGUUUGUGCCGACGGGAAGAGACACCGCUUGCGUCAAAGUGCUGCGCGAUAUCGAGGUGGGUGAGGAGAUAACGUGCUUUUACGGGGAGGAUUUCUUCGGUGAUAACAACUGUUACUGCGAAUGCGAGACGUGCGAGAGGCGAGGAACCGGCGCAUUCGCGAGUCAGAAGCCGGGCGAAGAAUUAUCAUCAGGUUAUCGCUUGAGGGAAACUGAUAACCGAAUCAACCGGACGAAACAUCGACAGCAACCGUUGAAUAGGAACAAGCAGCAAGCUGACACAGCUCUCACCGAGCGAAACGCCGUCUUGGUCGGGAACGUGGCGGUUGCGCCACAGUCUCUCAGCAUGAAGGAGCUGAGACGCAAAGGACUCACCAAGUACGACGCUGAGUUGCUGAUUGCGCAAGGCUGCCGUUUCUCGGACAUCAAUCAGCAGCAACCAGCGAUCAGCAACGGCGAGAACGUGCUGCAGACCCGACCUCAUCCUUCCGCGUUGACCACCACUUCCGUCACGAGGAACCUCCGGAAUAAACAGUUGGGCAAGUUUGACGGCAACACCGGUGACGCAAACACUAUCAAAAAUACUCAGUCACUGAGAGCGCCUAGACUUCACAAGAGAACGGAAUCGAAAAAAGGCAAGCUCGCCGUGAAAUCCCGGUCUCCAUGUCUCAACAAUUCCGUGAUUAAGGACACGGAAGUGGCGGACAUCGGUCAUCGCAAGGAGGAUUCCGAUAGAGUGCCGGUGCACGAGGAGAGUCUAUAUUCCCGAUUACAGAAGCAGAUCCACUCAUCGAAUGCGGAGAUGGAGCAUGGUUUCUGCGCGGAGGAGCCACGGCGCACUGUCGCGUCCGAAUCCUCGAACGAAAGUACCGUUUAUCAACGAGAGUGUCCGUUGCGACUGACGGAAGUGGCGGAGAAUACCAGCGAGUCUAACGGCGACUCGCUGGAGGAGGAGCGGGGAAUACCGGACCUCACCGCGGAAGUUGACGCUCCUGAGACAGUAAAUAAUGUUAAUUCUUCCAAUUACAAAAAGGGACAUUAUAGUACAAACGCCUGUGAUUCAAUCCGACUUAGUUCCACGUCUCAAGUCCACGUACAAUGUUUACACACCGCAGAACCGGUGGCCGAGGGCACGUACCAGUCGAGGGACUACCGCGCUUCGUCGCCCGUGCGGGAUAACAAGAAUGAGAACGAUCUACGCAGCUUGAGCGAGCAAGUGAGUUGCAAACGUUCCAAGUCCCACAACAGGCAAUUCGUCUCGACGGACGAGCGAGGGAGUCGCAAAGUACUGAACGAGGAGUUAUCUUGCGAAUUCGAAGGUGACACUUCGUUAUCAAUCAGCGAGAAAGUUUCACAGCAGAUCGAUUUUCGCGAGAGUGACGUGCGGGUAUUGGCUGCCUCGCACGUCGGGGCGAGCCGAUCGGACGACGAAGAUUGCGACGAGACGAAUCCUACGAAGGUAAUCGUGCUGCAAAAGUAUACUGUGGAUCGAGAAGUGGAGAGUGAGAGCUGUGAAAGCGCGAUCGCGGUGAACGACGCGAGUCCGACGGCUCACUCGGACAAUGUCGAGUUUAGUGGACUACACCCUGGAAGAAUAGAUGUAGGAAUGGCGGCUAGUACCGAGGAUGUUUUCAAGUGCCGUAGUAGUUUGAUGGUAUCGAGCCUAGAGGGACAGAGUUGCAUCGUGGCGAAAAGUAACGAUUCGUACAUCGGCAGUAUGGAGACGAGCGACGUCGCGGUCAAGCCCGACGUGACUGCGUUACGUGCGAUCGACGUCGACGCCAGGGUGAAUUUUGCCGAGGACAGUGGCGCGCCAGCGGACUUUAGGAGCUUGCAGACCGCGAGCUACAACGACUUAACCGGCCAUACGAAUUUCGAUGAGAACGCUCACGAGUUCACGACCUCCAAGAAGUCGUCCAAACGAAAAGACGCAUCGGACGGUUCCUCGAGAUCGCGUAAGUCGCAGAAGAGACUCUCCGGCAAGUCCAAGUCCAAGCGCAGCGCAUUGCUGGAGAACGGUGGUCAACAUGUGGCGAGCGACGGCAUGAGCACAAAGAGCCAUGGCAAAGCGAGUAAGAACAAGAACCGAUCGACCAGAAGCCAGAGGAGGGAUCGCCAGAGGUCGGCAACCGCCGAGAUCGGCGAGGCCGACGACGACUCGGGUAUUCAGGGCGACAUCUACGAAUUCAGUGAGAAGGAGAGCAACUUGGAGGACAUCGGCAUACUGUCCAUAAUAAGACGCGGCGGUAAGCAUGAGACCCGUCACCACGCUUCUUCGAUCUCGUCGCAUUUGCAAGAGAUACAGUGCAACGAGGACUACAGUAAGACCGAGCCGCCGGUACUUGUCCCGGAGGAACCGUGGCCGCCGGCUUCGGAUCCGAGUCGAAACCACGACGCGGAUUCCAAUAACGGUGUUCAGUCGAGAGCGAACUGCAAUAUCGAAACAAGCUUGGAGAGAUUGGCAGCUUACGACGACAACAGCAGCGCGCGUAAAUCCUCGACCCCAUCCGAAUGCCAAUGGCGAAUGAGCAAUACCGAUUGUCGAGAUUGUCCCGUCACGCCUGAGAGGACCGGCGGACGGCUGAAGUUGACGUUGCGUAUGAAACGGUCGCCGGUGCUAGACGACAUCGCCGAGUCCGGCACCAGCCUGAGCGAGGACAGCUACGAGCCGGAGUACGAGGUAUUGCGCGUCGAGGGAGUGGAGAGAAGUAAGCGCCGGAAAAAGCACAAGAGCAGAAGUCAUGAAAGAGGACACAAGAAACGCGAUUACCAGCCGCCUAUGAAGAGGCUACGCUUGAUUCUGGGAAACGAGACACACACCAUCGACUUGCCGCACUCUUAACAGCUAUAAUUUCUCUCCCCCUUUCCCACCUCCCUGUCCCCUCGCCUGACCGUCACGAUGCGCGUGUAAUAGGGCUGUGCGAGAUGGUACUCGGCUCUGAACAUGAUUUCUGGAGCCGGUACAAGUUGUUGUAUCUCGGAAUAACUCGAGAUCGUGAAUACGUGGUACUUUAUUCGUUUGUGUUACAGCUAUAUGUCAUAUUUUACACAUAUAUGUAUAUAUACAGGUGUCCACCUUAAUCCGUUCUUCUACGUUUCCAUAAAAAUUGCGGACGAGAAUCUGGGACAUCCUGUAUAUACAAAAUUAUACAUAAAAUUGUAACAUAUACAUAUAAUUAUAACAAAUGAACGGAGUGCCAACGGAGAGAGUGUUAUCUAGGAGUUACUAUUUAGUUAACCAGUACUAUUUGGUAAUGGAGUAUCCAAACGGCUACCCGAACCGAUUGCGCAACGAUUUCAAAGUCGAUUAUUCGAUAUAACGAUCACUUGACACCGAGUAUCAUUUUGCACAGCCCUAGCAUGUAACAUUAAUUUCUUCACGGCGAAUUAUCUUUUUAAGCAUAAUUAAGUGAAGAUUACACAGGCACAGGCACACACGUACAAGGAAAAUUAGGCCUCCUCGUCCUACGACGCAUGACAGCGAGUUCUCAUAUCGAACUUGGACAUACUUUUCGCGAUAAAAUUUGGUUUAGAACUAAGACUAGUUGCAUUUCCCUUCUCUCUUCAACUUUCCUCCGUCUCUUCUUUUUUCAACUCUCUCUCUCUCUCUCUCUCUCUCUCUCCCCCCCCUCCUCUCUCUCUCUCUCUCUUGUAGUUCCCGUUAUUUAAAUCUAGCGAUGUACGUCUUAUUCUUAUAACAACGAAUCUCUAAGGGCCUAUACCGUGGUGUAAAUUGGGAAAACGCGUAGUUGGAGUUUUUUUUUUUUUUUAGGUCGGGCUUACAUAUUUUUCCCGUUAGAGUUAAAUAUCGCGUACGAGUUGGGAGAAGGGGGGAGGGCGGAGGAAAGAGGCAAUGACACCGCGCGUGUCUCGAGCUCGUACGCGACACGACGUCACGAAUAUUUGUUCGAGUGUCAUGCAGUUCCAUAGAGAUUAAUCGUUCGUGGACGCUCUAACUAGUGCUAAAAUUAAAACGAAAAAGAGAUGAACUUCGCGCGUCGAAGUGAUCGAGCCAAAUUCCGCGUUUUCGACGAAAUUAUUGAAAAAAAAAAGAGAAAUUGACCGUUUAUGACGAGGCAGGAACGAGUGAUACCGUGCGAUCUCCAAAAAAAGAAAAAAGAAAAAAAAAUCGCCUUUCUCCUUCUUUUUUCACGUUGUUUUCCUUCGAAAACUAAGCUACUACCUAACGAGCUAGCAUACGCGGCAAGAGACCGUUGUAACAAUUUCGUGCUACGCAUGAGAUAGUUACCCGCGAACUAUACGUCUAACACGAGUUAAAAUAUCCUUACUCGAAUCAUUCUCUGAAGGAAGAAAGGAAGGAAGGAAGGAAGGCCGAAAAAUAAGUGAAUCCUAUCUGCUUGUGCCGUUUUCCGUCUGUUGGUGCUCCGGAACGGAGAGAAGGACGAAGGAAAGGAGGAUCCCUAUACUUAUACUAUGUAUAAUAAUUAUCUAACUGAUUAAUCUUCUUAGCUGAAUAUUAGUUAGCACUAUAUUAAUCGCUAUUCUCGGACGAGAGAUCGAAUAUCACUGAUAAACUUUGUAAAUAAUGCUUAUAUAUAUAUAAUGAUACACACAUACCACAGCACACACACACACACACACACACACACACACACACACACACACACACACACACACA